GGGGUGUGCCGCAAACGGCGGAAGGCCCCCCCGAGGCGGCGGCUUCCCGUAUGGUGGCGGUGGGGGAGGGAGGGGCGGCAACCGAGCCUGCCAGCUGCUCUGUCUCUGGCAGUCAGUCAGUCGCUUCGCCGCGCCAGCGCCGACAGCUCAGCCGCUACGGACGAGGAGCCCCCUGUCCGCCGACAAGCAACCGCGCCCUCGGCCGUCUAGCCAGUUCGCCAUGCCGCCCCGGGCGCUCCGCAGCCACAUCAUCGCCUUUCUCAAGAGCAACCUGCUCACCAUCUUCACCGUCAUCGGCGUCUUCUCGGGCGUCGCCUUCGGCGUCAUCCUCAGGCAUUCCCGCUCCGAGAAAUGGACUCCCAGGGAGAUCAUGUACGUCUCCUUCGUGGGAGACAUCUUCCUGCAGAUGCUGAAGUCGCUCAUCCUGCCGCUCAUCAUGUCGUCUAUCAUCACCGCCAUCGGAACGCUGGAUCUCAGCCUGUCGGGCAAGAUAGGCGCGCGUGCCAUCAUCUACUACUUCACGACGACCGUGUCGGCCGUGAUCCUCGGCAUGAUCCUGUCGUCCGCCAUCCAUCCGGGCAGGGGCGACACGUCUGAGAUCGCGCGCUCUGGAAGCUCCCGCAACGUCACCACCGUCGACACCCUCAUGGAUCUCAUAAGAAACAUGUUCCCUCCAAAUCUGGUGGAGGCAGCUAUUGCACAGACGCAAACGGCUCUCAUCCCUCCCACUGAAGAAGAACUUGCCAUUGCAGCCAGUUCAGGUCGAAACUUGACGUUGUAUGACUGGAAAAUAACAAAGAAGUCUGAAGAACAACCAAAUCUUAUGGGUCUCGUUGUGUUCUCUGUUGUUAUGGGAAUAACUCUUAGCAGGAUGGGCGACUCAGGAAGACCCCUUCUUGACGUCUUCUGUUCCUUGGGAGCUGCCAUGAUGAUCAUAACAAACUGGGUUAUCUGGAUCUCACCGAUUGGUGUAUUUUUCUUGAUUGCUGGAAAACUAUUGGAAAUGGAAAGCUUUGAAGUUAUUGUUGGGCAGUUGGGAAUGUACUUCAUGACUGUCAUGCUUGGGCUGUUUAUCCAUGGUUUCAUUAUCUUGCCAAUCUACUUCACUAUUGCUACUAGGAAGCUGCCUUUCCGAUUUAUUGCAAACCUUAGCCAGGCAUUGUUCACCGCAUUUGGUACUGCUUCAAGCAAUGCAACGCUUCCUGUAUCCAUGCGAUUACUGGAGACGAAGAACGAUGUUGAUACUAGAGUGUCUCGUUUCGUUAUGCCGAUUGGAGCAACAAUAAACAUGGACGGAACGGCCCUUUAUGAAGCAGUUGCUGCCAUUUUUAUUUCACAAGUUCGAAACGUUGGACUCAGUCUUGGCCAGCUAAUUGCAGUGAGCAUAACAGCAACAGCAGCUAGUAUUGGUGCGGCAGGAAUUCCACAAGCUGGUCUGGUUACUAUGGUAAUGGUUCUUGACACAGUUGGUUUACCUCCAGAAGAUGUGACACUUAUCAUAGCUGUCGACUGGCUGCUGGAUCGCUUCCGUACAACCAUAAAUGUUUUGGGAGAUUCACUUGGAGCUGGAAUUGUAAACCACUUGAGCAAAAGGGAACUUGAGAAAAUGGCAAUGCCAGCAAUACUUGAUGCUGACAAACUUGAUUCACAGAAUGGAAAAAUCAGCCCAGAAGAGGGUGAAAAAUAAUGUCACAAGAAGCCAUGAGAGAUGAACAAACUCUCAGCAGAGUCAACUUGUGACACCAGUAACUUCUGUUCACCAAAGGAAAAGACGUUUUCUGUGUAUAAGCUCUAAAAUGAGGAAAAAGGAGAAAAUAAGUUAUUUGUCAAUGGACAUCUAUGUUACAAAAGCAUUACUUUAAUAUAUAUUUGAAAACCAGUAAUUUUUUGUGGAAUGUUUGCUUGUAUCUUGUACUGCUGAGCAAAUUCCAAACUGUUGACACAUUGAUGUAUUAUACACUUAAAGUUCAUAAUACCAGGGAAUAGCAUUUAUGUCUCAGAUAAUGUAUAGUGAAUAUAUAAUGAGGAUUUAAAUUGUAGUUUUCUUAUGGAGUCAGCUUUUGCUCUUGUAAUUCACUUAAAUGUAACAGUUAUGUAAAUAAGUGUGUUUCUUAGCUUGAGUAAAUUGGGAAGACUAAAGCUUUAAACAUCACGCGUCUUGAACAUAUUCACAAAUGCAACAUCAGUAGCAACUAUGGACUUCUUAGCAAGGCCUCAUACCAUGUAUGUUGUUUCUUUUAUUGUGACAUGUGAGAUUUUAUUAAUAAAUUCCCAUUUUUGUAUGGAAGUUAACUUUUUUAAAUAAAUAUGUAUUUGUGUUUA